AUGGCCAGAAAGCAACCGUUCUCUGUCGCACAGGCUGCCAGCGCCUUGCAUACUCUGAUCCUCAAACGCGCACACAACGGUAUUGCAUAUGUUGUGGGCUUUAGUCUUGGUGCCCAUGUCGCCAUGCACCUAGUAUCUCACUAUCCAGAGAUUGCAGACUGCGUCCUGGUUUCUGGUUUCCAGGUAUUCCCCCGCACGAAGAUGUCACCAUAUCUGCCAUAUGCUGUAUGGUUAGAACAACGCUUUGAAUAUGCUAUUCCACGCUCUUGGGUGCGCUGGGCGAUGGAUGGAAUUGACAUCCCUCGACCAGAUCUCACUAUGUGUACGGCAGAGUACUUUCGCCAGGUAUUCGGCUCCGGAGAUGAUACUGAACAAUGGCCUAAACCUUGGCCUGCACGAACGCUCGUCAUCGCUGCAGGCAAAGGUGGUCUAGUCCCUUCUAAUGAUCGUCCAGAAGAUGCGAAGAGAUUGGCUAGGAUUGGACGAGAUCAGAACAGUGCUACCAGAGCUGUUACUCAUCUUGACAUGAGACAUCCUUGGACCUGGCAGGAUCCUGAAUUGUUUGCCGAGACUGUCAAGAGGUGGCUUGAAGAAGGGACAGUGCCGAAUGGAUUCUUACCCUUGUAA